AUGGCUUCAGCAAGCAGAACCCUCACGCGAGCAAUACGUUCGACGCCAGCAACCCAAGCCUUCAGAACUUCUGCAACUCGGCAAUCGAUAGCUCGUAGCUUCCAGCAACAAGCACGACGUGGCUACUCCAGCUCAGGAUCGCACUCUACCAACCACGGCACCUACAUCUGGUCCAGCGCAGCAGCAAGCUUAACACUCGGUGUUGCAAGCUACUACACCCUCAUCGAACAGCGUCACGCUCUCGCCGAAGAACCCAGCAAAUUCACUCCCACCACCAAAGACUACCAAGAAGUCUAUAACGCCAUCGCAGCCAAACUCAUCGAAGAAGACGACUACGACGACGGCUCCUACGGCCCCAUCCUCCUCCGCCUCGGCUGGCACGCCUCCGGUACCUACGAUGCACGAACCAAGACCGGCGGCUCCAACGGCGCAACAAUGCGCUUCGCCCCCGAGAAAGACCAUGGCGCAAACGCAGGCCUCACAGUAGCACAGAACUUCCUCGAGCCUAUCCACGAACAGUUCCCCUGGAUCACAUACUCGGACCUCUGGACCCUCGCGGCCGCUUGUGCAGUGCAAGAGAUGGGCGGCCCAGACAUUCCAUGGCGCCCAGGCCGCUCCGACCGUGAUGUAGCAUUCUGUACACCUGACGGCCGCCUUCCCGAUGGCUCGAAGGAACAGAAUCAUCUCCGCGCUAUCUUUGGUCGCAUGGGCUUCAACGAUCAAGAGAUUGUCGCCUUGUCAGGCGCACACGCUCUCGGCCGUUGUCAUACUGAUCGCUCUGGCUUUGAUGGGCCUUGGACAUUCUCACCGAUCACUUUGACAAACGACUAUUACAAGUUGCUCUUCGAGGAGAAGUGGCAAUGGAAGAAAUGGGGUGGACCAAAGCAGUAUGAAGAUGCCGGCACGAAGACGCUGAUGAUGUUGCCGACGGAUAUGGCGAUUAUCAAGGAUGAGAGUAUGAGCAAGUAUGCUAAGCAGUACGCAGAGGACCAGGAGAAAUUCUUCCAGGACUUUUCGGAUGUGGUGGUCAAGCUGUUUGAGUUGGGUGUGCCGUUCAAGACGGAUGAGGGUGCGAGGAUCAGGUUCAAGAGGACGGAGUAG